AUGGAGUCGCAGUGCGAGUACCUGAUGUACUUCCCCUGCGGCCCGGUGGCCGACUACAGCCGCUACCGGAGCCUCCCCCGCCGCAGCCACCUCUACCUGGGCGAGACCGUCCGCUUCGUGCUGGUGGUGCGCUGCCGAGCGCCGGAGGACGAGGCGGCCGGCCUGGGUUGGCGACGGCUGGCCACCUCCCUGUCGGCGCUGGCCGGCGUCUGCCCGGGCCUGAGGCGAGGCGACAACCCAGGCCCGGCCUCUGGCCUGGGCCCCGCCCGGGAACCGGGGCCCGGACAGGUCGAAGAGGACGAGCCGGAGGAGCGGGGCUUCAGGGAGUGCCGGGCUCUCCUCACGCACAGCGCCGGCCGCUGCCAGGAUGCCGGCUGCAAGAGCCAGACCACAGUGGAGGAACCGAUCAUUUCCAAUGAUGAAGUUAUUUUCCCGCUCUCCGUUGCUCUGGACAAGCUACCGGUUGGAACUAUCAAAGCAAAGAUCGUCGUCACGGUAUGGAAGAGGGAUCAGGAGAAGGCCGAGGUGAGGGAGCACGGCUACCUGACCAUCCUGCAGAACCAGAACCCUUCCAAGAUCUUCAGGGAAGAUCAAAGCACUUUUAAAGCUCAAGUGAGUACAUUACUAACGGUACUACAGCCUCCUACGGUCAAGUGUCGGCAGCUCAACGUGUCGGGGAAGCAGCUAACUGUGAUUAAAGUGCUAAACACCUCCUCUCAAGAGGAGAUCUCCGUCCAGGAUGUGCGGAUCUUGCCAAACUUUAACGCCAGUUACUUGCCCAUGAUGCCUGACGGUUCCGUGUUGCUGGUAGACAAUGUCUGCCACCAGUCGGGGGACGUGUCCGUGGCGUCGUUCUACAGGGUGAGCGGCAGUUCGAGCCACCUCCCGAUAAAGCUCAGCGCCUUGGAGGAACAAGCCUUCCUCUUUCAGCUGCAGAUCAACGAGCGGCCGCACGAAGACGCCAAGGAGGGGCUGGAAGUCCCACUGACGGCAAUUGUUUGUUGGUCCCCUGCUAGCCAGCUUCUCACUAACAAGAUCUACACACAUUACAGGCUGCCGAGCAUCCAGCUCGACCGGCCCAAGUUCGUGAUGAUGGCGUCGUGCGAGUCGCCGGUGUCGAUGUACAAGCGGUUCACGGUCAAGUACACCCUCCUCAACAACCUGCAGGACUUCCUGGCCGUGCGGCUGGUGUGGACCCCGGAGAGUGCUCUUGGCUGCCAGGGAGGGAAGAAGCUGUCAACUGAGGAGCAGCGUGCUGCUGAGGCCACCCUGAGCUCAGUGGUCUGUCACACCCCCCUCAACCAUCUGGGCUACUGCAAGAAAGGCAGCACAGUGACGUACAGCGUGGCCUUCCAGGUCCUUCGUGCCGGCCUCUUUGAGCUGAGCCAGCACAUGAAGCUGAAGCUGCAGUUCACGGCCAGUGUGCCCAGCCAGCCGCCCGAGGCGCGGCCCGUGUCCCGGAAGAGCAGCCCCGGCAGCCCGGCUGUGCGGGACCUGAUGGAACGUCACCAGGCCAGCCUGGGCCGCUCACAGUCCUUCUCCCACCAGCAGCCCUCCCGCAGCAGCCACCUGAUGAGGACAGGGAGCGUGAUGGAACGGCGCGCCAUCACCCCCCCGGUGGGGUCCCCCAUCAGCCGACCUCUCUACCUCCCCUCGGAGAAGACGGUGCUGUCCGUGGACAAGAUCGCCAAGCGGGAGUGCAAGGUGCUGGUGGUGGAGCCGGUGAAGUAGGAGCGACCGACCGACAGGAACCGGAAGCACAGCGAGGGUCGUCUGGGGGGAGCGGGAGAACCCAGUUACACAGGGAAGCGUCGAGCAAAGUCGCGCCAAACCGAUCAGCACAAAAGCAGUUGGUGCUUCUUCAUCCCGGCAAGAUUAGCGGUCUUUUAUUUUGUAUUUUUUUUUUCUUUAUUGCACUGCCUUGAAAACAACAACAUCUUGACGCUUUAAGCUUCAGGCACGCUGUGCUUUUGCAAAGCUGGUUGAAGUAAUUAGUGGUGGGAAGAGGACCACAUACUUGAAUCCAGUAUUACAGUAAUGGUGAACUACUCCGAGGAACGACUGGGUGCAAGUUGUGUCGCCCUUGAUCGUGCUCCCACAGUGUUGGGGAAAAAAUCCUGAUGAGUCGACUUAACCCUGGACCAAUGACGUCAUUGUGAAUUUCUGCCACUUCAAGAAUCUCAUUGCCCUGUCUCUGUCAUGUACUGGUACACAGCCCAGAGUACUGGUACACGGCCCAGUAGCAGUGUCUGUCUGCAGGCUGUCUACCAGACUGAGCAUUCAGUGCCAAAGGAAAGGGAAUCUCGAUCCCAGGCGUCUUGCACACUGUUGGGGCUGUGUGUGGAGAGGCGCAGUGAUGGUGUCACUCGUGGAGCCCAGUGCAGAAUGUCAGCUGUGUAAGUGGCCGCAGAGUUCUGCUGCAGAAGUCAAUUGUUUCUGGGGAGUGGGGUGGAGGGGGCAGUGAUUUAAUUUGAAUCAGAAUCAGGAUAUUAUCACCGGCACAUCGUGAAAUUUGUGUUUUUGCUGCAGCAGUGUGCAGUGUAAGACAUAAAAAUUAUGACGUGACCCCAUCCUCACCCCUCGGAUCAGUCCCCUUGACCCAGUGCUCAGCCAGUCCUGACAGAGUCUGCCUCGAGUUACCCUGCCACCUUUCCACCUACCCUCCCCAGUAGUUUUUACCAGAGAGCCAUUGCCCCACAGCUCCAGAGACCCCAGUUCGAUCCCGACCACCGGCACUGUCUGUGUGUGUGUGUGUGUGUGGAGUUUGCAUGUUCUCCCUGUGACUGCGUGGGCUUCCCUCCCACAUCCCAAUGAUGUGCGGGGUCGGUGGGUUAAUGGGCUGCUGUGAAUUGUCCCCCUAGUGUGUAUUGGGGGGGGGUAGGGAGACAAUAAAAAGGGGUAAAGAUGGGAUCAGUGGGGAAAAUGAGUCCUUAAAGGUGGGCACAGACUUGGUGGGCUGAAGGGCCUGUCUCCUUGCUGUAUCCUCUGUGACUCUGCCCAGCCAGCUGAGAGCCACCUUGGUGUCCAGUGUUUAGCUCUGGAGUGUCUCACACACAGGUCUAAGACCUCACCAAACAAGCAGGGGAAAGUCCUCUCAACCUUGCCCCAACAUUUCACCGCUAACCGUGUCCCCCAUUCACCUUCCUGUUCUGUGUCCCCAAUUCUCCAACCCCCAUGUCACAAAUCUCUGAUUUUUUUAAUAUAUUAUUCAUUCUCCCCCAACUCUCCAACUACCCCCCUCUUUCCUCCAACCCCCCCCCCCCCCCGCCGAUCCUACCCCUCACCCACACUCUCCCCACGAUGGGUGUGCUCGAUCGAGAAGUCCCUUGGCUCACUUGUAGACUGCAACUCAGCAGGAAAACGCUCCCAUUGCGCUUCUGUGGGCUAUUUCUCUCCUCCUCUGCACCCCUGCUGAACUUUACCCCAAACGUUUGAAUGAAUCCAAUUCCCUGCGGAAGGUUCGUUCCCAAUCUGCUUCCUGGCGACAUUCUAGUCCAUAACAGGCUGUUGUUAGAGAGAGAGUGUGCAAAACAGGCCCUUCAGCCCAUCAGAUCUGUGCCAGCCAUUAACCACGCAUUUAUGCACCAAUCCUACCCUAAACUAUUUUCCCCACAUUCCCAUCAACUUCCCUCCCCCCCCCCCAGAUUCUACCCCUCACCCACACAUUAAGGGGGCAAUUUACAGCGGCCGAUUAACCCACUGACCCCACACAUCGUUGGGACAUGGGAAGGAACGGGAGCACCCGGGGGAGGGGAGAACACACUUCCCAUCUGUCGAUAUCGGUGGUACUCGGGCAGAGACUUUGAAAUCAUUCCAAACCCUUCCAAGUGAGGAACUCCCCAGCUGAAAGGUCCCUGACCCACUACCCCCCCCCCCCCCCCCCCCCCCCCCAAAGUAAUAAGGCAGACAGUGAUUCUGUCCGUACAACAGUUGUCCAUGUCUUCAGUCGCUGUUCCUGCUAGCUUGUGUUCAGUGGACUAACUUAACCGGGGUUAGUUACACUAACCUGAUCGACCAAGAAUGCAAACACAGCCCAUUAACCAAACACACCUCACUGAUCAUUUACCCAGCUCCCCAACUACAAGAGCCAACACUGGUCGGUCUGACACUCCUCCGGUUUGAUCUGAGUACCAGGGAUCUCAGUUAGGCUGCACUGUUGAUGUGUAUCCCAGCCUGUCCUGACCCCUGGUCUGUUCACCCAUUCCCCGUCAGCAGCACCCUGUAAGGCGUGCAGGGAGAACUUUGUAAGGAAGAGGAAAAAUAACGUCUUGCUGGAUAUAAGGGGCUGAAACAAAUUCAGGGCGUUGAGGGGGCUCAAUGUCUGUACUUCCCUGUUGCUGCGCGCCCCCCCCCCCCCCCCCCCCCAUGUAACCCACAAAACCCUGUCACUCGACAGAAGCUUGGGAAGAGGGACAGAGGAGGGUCAGUGGAAUCAGGUUCCAGGUUUUAUUCCCCUCCCCGGAGUGGUGCUUGGUGUGGCCUGGACUCCACCUUUCGGGCUGGUGGUACCCCCAGAGCCCCCCCUCCCAAUCAUGCAGUCACUGCAUCCCUUUCACACUUGUAGCCCAUCUCCAGCGGUAUCGGUGAGUCCCUGACUGGUUUAACCCUCGGUGCGGUUGGAGGUUACGAUGGGCAGGGAAAUAUUUUGGAAGGGUCCUUGAAACUCUUAGCAGGAUAGGAGAUUAUAGUUGUACUAUGUAUAUGUUGAGUUAUUGAGUCGUAGAGUCCUUGGAACCACAAGGGUUUUGAUCCAUUUGGUGUGAAGUGGGCCACCAUUAGACGGCUGAGCUGCCCCCUCGAACCACCACAGUCCCUCUGGGGAAGGUGCUCCCACAGUGCUGGUGGGGAGGGAGUUCCAGGGUUUGGACCCAGCGCCCAGUCCUGAUGAAAAGUCACUGACCUACAACAUUAACUCUGUGCGUGUCUCUCUCCCUGGAUGCUGCCUGACCUGCUGAGUAUUUCAAGCCCUUUGCCUUGUUCUGCCAAUGUAUGAGUUACCUGUGCACUGUUUACAGUUGGAACACUUGCUUCAGAGCGAUUUGUUCUUGCUCUGUGUGUUUCCCCAGUUACUACCUGCCCCCUAUGAUAGCAUUAAUACUUUGUGUUCCAAUUACUAAUCUACUCCAGGCCUUGCUGGAAGAAUCACUCCAUUGUUGGGGCCUACAUACUUGAAACCGUACAGUGGAAAGAUCAAAAUACUGCACCCUCUGGGCAGACACAUCAGAAGACUUCACACCAGCCCAAGGGUUAUUUUCUAGUUAACAGUCUGGCAGCUUGUGAUCUAGAGCAACCCGCAAGGGUGUUAGCAAUGUUUUGUGUGGCUCCUGUUGUGUCUGUGUGCGCGUGUGAUGUGUCUCUGUUCUUGGUCGUUGCUGCUGAAGUUUGCUGCUCUUGAGGACCGAGCCACAGUCCAGUCCGGUCUCAUUAAGACCCACCCCAAUCCUUGCUGGCAGACCAAGCUAAGAGUUGGCCAGGGCGUGGUUGGGUGAGAGCCCGCCCUCCCCGCACCCACCUCACACUUUCCACGCUGCUCAAACUCGACCGGAGGCUGGUGUGUUACCAGAGCCCAGGGGUGGAUCCUCGGUUGCCAAUGCACUACCCAGCUUGCGCUUCCAUUGGUCACUGAACUUAUCCCAUCACCCACUCUUGCUUCCAAUGUCAGGGCGCAGCGGGUAGAGCCACUGCUUCACGGCUCCAGGGACCUGGGUUCAAUCCCAACCUCCGGCGGUGUGUGUGGAGUGUGCACGUUCUCCCUGUGGCUUUCCCCCGGGGGCUCCGAUUCCCUCCCACAUCCCAACCACCAGCGGGGUCGGUGGGUUAAUUUACCACUGUAAAUUGCCCCCCUUGUGUGUGGUAGAAUCUGGGGGGAGUUGGUGGGGAGAGUAAAAUAGAAUGGGUGUGAAUGAAAUUGAUGGUCGGCAUGGACUCGAUGGGCCGAAGGGCCUGUUUCCAUGCCGUACCCCUCUGUGGCUCUGACCUCCAGUCUGCAAGUGAAUCCAGAGGGUGAGAGACAGAAUGAUCACUCGUUCACGCAUCUCCACCCCCCCCCUCCCUCCUGCAGCCGGCGACUCCACUGGGUCGGAGACGGCGGGGAGCUGCAGCGUCCUCCUACUGAAGCCCGACUGAGACUGGAGUGGGGUCCCAAAGAAAUGAGUCAAAUAGUCAGAGGUAAUUGGCCACAGUGGUCGAAUCACUGGACCUUGAUCAGUCAGUCAAAUUGCCAAUUUGAUGGCACUUCAGUACUUGAGAUGAUUAAAUGGACUGAUUUUCUUUUUGUGAAUCAUGUUUUAAGUAACAAUGGAUUGUUGUAAAAAAAACACGUCCUGCAGUUGGUGGGGUGAUUGGGAACAUCAAGCCCUGCGAUGUGGCCAUCACAGAAUGCAAGAGCCAGCCUUCCCUGGGAGGUGUGGAGUCCCUCAAUGUUCUUCCCCUCCCCCCUGGUGUGCUUAAUAAACCAGCACCCCCGCCUCUUCUCUCUCUCCCCCCCCACGGGCCAAGAGGAAGACAGUGGUGGAGAGAAAGUUGCCUUCUUCUGGGCCUGGCUGUAGCACCUUUGGUCUGCGCUCUGUAUUGCGUGCUUCAGUCUAACGACUGGAGUGUGUACCUUCAGUUCACGCCUUCAAUCACAACGGGGCUUCGGAAUUACACGGCGCCUCCGAGGUGCAGAUCCUUAUGGGAAAAAUCCUUGAAGGUUAAAUCCUUAGAUGGUUAAACCCCCUCUCCCUCAACCCUUGGCUGUUAAUCUUCCUUCCUUCCUCAAUCCUUGGGUGUUUCCCCCUCCCUUCAGCUAUGUUGGUUAACCCCCCCACCACCUUUCUCCCUGGAUGUUAACACCCCCUCCCCUUCCCUUCAUUGCUGAGUGAAUUUCCUUUGGCCCCAGGUCUUGGGUACCAAGGGGGGCCCGCCAAAGCUGCUGGCUUUGUGACUAGCCCCAAGGGAGUGUUGGGUGUUCAAGGGUGGGCUGAGAUAUUGUUCUGGUGAAGUGGGUCAGGAGAAAGGGUGGGGCUCAGAGCUAGCGCUGCAAUGAUGACCUUCAACGCCGCUCCAUUGCAAAUCUCCAGCGGCGGCACGCACAGUAUUUAUCCUGCCGUCCUUGGCUGGAAUCUCCCUGGAUCUGGUCGGCCCAAGUUGGCAGCCAGGCACCGGAGAGAACCCAUCGCUGCGAUCCAAGCCAAAAUGAGUUUUGUAAAUGAAAGAAUCCUCAGCUGGUCAGCUAAGGAGCUUGUAAUAAAUUCCUGUUCAAACAUUGUGGAGAGUGAUUCCAAUGCAGACAGGAACACAACACUUGUAAGGGCUGAGAUCAGGGGAAAAGCAGCCUUUUUUGUUAAAAGUUUUUUUUAAAUGAUCAGUUUCAACAGAAUGCACUUUAUUUAAAUGUAAUUUAUUUACUUUGUCAUAUUGAUUUAACAAUCAGGAAACUGGAAUGUGUGUGUUUCAAUGUGUGUUUUAUUUCAAACCUGUGUGUUAUCCUAGACAGCAUCAAACUACUGUAACAAUCACUACUACAAAAUUUGUUAAAUUAAAGGCUUGGUUUCAGAGGGUAGGGCAGCAAUUGUCCAGGUUACUGCACCUUCAUGGGCAUGGUACGUUCUGCUGUUAUAAAUAAAUUCCCACUCAGCUGUGGUUUUGCUGUCUGUUUUCAUACACGCACAAUCCGAGUCACGCUCCUAACCUUGUUUCCUGAAGACGGGCUGCGCCUUUUCAUAGAACAUAGCCUGUGGUAUUGGUUUAUUAUUGUCACUUGUACCGAGGUACGGUGAAAAACUUGUCUUGGAUACUGUUUGUACAGAUUAAUUCAUUGCACAGUGCAGAUACAUUGAGGUAGUACAGGUAAGAAUAACAGUGCAGAGUAAAGUGUCACAGCUACAGAGAAAGUGCAGUGCAAUAAGGUGCAAGGUCACAACAAGGUAGAUCGUGAGGUCAGAGCCCAUCUCAUCAUAUAAGGGAACCGUUCAAUAGUCUUAUCACAGUGGGGUAGAAGCUAUCCUUGAGCCUGGUGGUACGUACCCUCAGGCUCUUGCAUCUUCUACCCCAAUGGGAGAGAAGAGAGAAUGUCCUGGAUGGGUGGGGUCUUUGAUUAUGCUGGCUGCUUCACUGAGGCAGCGAGAGGUAAAGACAGAGUCCAAGGAGGGGAGGCUGGUUUCUGUGACAUGCUGGACUGUGUCCACAACUCCCUGCAGUGUCUUGUGAUCCCGGGCAGAGCAGUUGCCGUACCAAGCCGUGAUGCAUCCAGAUCGGAUGCUUUCUAUGGUGCAUCGAUUAAAAAUUGGUGAGUGUCAAAGGGAACAAACCAAAUUUCUUUAGCCUCCUGAGGAAGUAGAGGCGCCACAAGUAAGGUUUUCAUUGCACCUGUGUAUAUGACAAACUAGACUUUGAACAGUACUCUUAGGUACAGGCCCUUUGGCCCAUGAUACUGUGCCAAACUAAUUAAGCUAAUGACACCUAAUCCCUUCUGCCUGCACGUGGUCUAUACCCCUCCAUUCUCUGCAUAUUCAUGUACCUAUCUAAGCGCCUCCAUCGUAUCUGCCUCCACCACCACCCCUGACAGCACAUUCCAGGCACCCAGCGCGCUCUGUGUAAAACAAAAACUUGCCCGGCACAUCUCCUUUGAACUUUCCCCCCCUUGCCUUAAAUGCAUGCCCUCUUUUAGACAUUUGGACCGUGGGGAAAAGAUACCAGCUAUCUAUGCCUCUCAUAAUCUUAUCAGGUCUCCUGUCAGCCUCCAGAGAAAACAACCCAAGUUUGUCCAACCUCUCCUGAAGGCUCAUGCCUUCUAAUCCAGGCAGCGUCCUGGUGAACCUCUUCUGCACCCUCUCCAAAGCCUGCACAUCCUUCCUGUAAUGGGGGUGACUAGAAUUUUCCUCACCUUGUUCCAGAUGAGUGUGUCUCAGCACAUUAAACAUCCCCCGAAGCACUGCAUGUAGAGUGUGCAUUGUACAGCAAGGUCUCUCCCCUCUGCCCCAGCACUCCAGUGGUGUUUGCCCUGGAACCACAGCCCCAGGUGAUCCUGUUUCAUACUGGUCAUAAAUAAGUGGGAGGAAGACUGGCCCUAUUCUGCCAUGAUAUCACUGCCGAUCUUUUACCUCAGCACUGUUUACCUACACUAACUGUUAUUACAAUGUUAAAAUCUACUGAUUUCUGCCUUGAAUGUACUCAGUGGCAAAACCCCCAGAGAUCGAGAAAGCCUCUGCCCUCCAGGUGAGGAAAUUUCUCCUCACCAGCUAUAGAAAAGAUGCCGUUAAUCUGGAAAGAGAGCGGGAAAGAUUGACGAGGCUGUUGGCAGGACUCGAGGGACUGAGAUACAGGGAGAGGUUGGACAGGCUAGGACUUGAUUCCUUGGAGUGUAGGAGACUCUGAUGAACUAACCGUGUAUAAAAGCACGAGGGGCAUAGACAGGGUGAAUGCACUCAAGUCUUUUCCCCAGGGUUGGGGAAUCAAGAGCUAGAGGGCAUAGGUUUAAGGUGAGAAGGGAGAGAUUUAAUAGGUACCUGAGGGGCAACCUUUCAAUGCAGCGGGUGGUGGGUACAUUGAACGAAGCAGUAGAGGCAGGGACAUUAACAAUGUUUAAAACGACAUUUGGAUAGGAAAGGUUUUGCGGGAUAUGGGGCAAAUGGGACCAGCUUAGAUGGGAAUCUUGGUUGGCAUGGACUGUUUCCCUGCUGUAUGACUCUCUGCCCUGAACUGUCAACCAUUCUGAGCCCCUGACCCCCUGGGGAAAAACAUCCCUGCAUCUAAAUUGUGACAGAUAUUAAAUACCGAAGGGGAUUCUGUGAGAUCGUCUCAUCAUUCCAAGCUCGAAGCAGACUGGGCCUGUGCUCCAGAACUUGUCCUCGGGUAGCCCACCAUUCCCAGAGUGAAGCUUGGUUGCAUUCCUCCUGUUGAGGCUAUCCUAAGGUGGCGAGACCAAGCCUGGCCAUGGUCUUACUAGGGUUCCACGUAAUUGAGUAGGUCGUCUCCUGCGCUCAAAUCUUCUGCAUUGAAGACCAACGUACCAUUCACCUUCCCAAAUGCUUGCUGGACCUGUACGUUAACCUUCAUUGAUUUCUCCCUCUUGUCACCAUUCAAUACUAAAAAAAUACGCCACCCUCCUUUUUGUUUUGGAGUGGAUGUCCUCUCAUUUUUCUGCACUAUAUUCCAUCUUGCCAUGCUGCCUCAAGGUGGCAUCCAUCACUAAGGACCCUCACCACCCAGGACAUGCCCACUUUUCGUUACUACCAUCGGGGAGGAUAUCUAAGAUAUUUAU